UCUCCGUCUACUAGGAGGUCGAGUUACGUGGUCACCACAAAGAUCUACUGGGGCGGACAGGCGGAGACAGAGCGAGGGUUGUCACGGAAACACAUCAUCGAAGGUCUGCGUGGAUCUCUGUCCAGGUUACAGCUGGACUAUGUGGACAUCGUCUUUGCUAACAGGAGUGACAUCAACGCACCGAUGGAGGAGGUGGUCCGAGCGAUGACCUUUGUGAUCGAUCAGGGGAUGGCCAUGUACUGGGGAACGUCCCGCUGGAACGCUGUGGAGAUCAUGGAGGCGUACUCUAUAGCUCGUCAGUUUAAUCUGGUUCCUCCAGUGUGUGAGCAGGCAGAGUAUCAUUACUUCCAGAGAGACAAAGUGGAACUCCACCUGCCAGAGCUCUACCACAAGAUAGGCGUCGGAGCCAUGACCUGGUCCCCGUUAGCCUGCGGCCUGCUGACAGGGAAGUACAACGAGGGAGUCCCUGAGAGCUCCAGAGCUGGCCUGAAGGGCUACGCGUGGCUGAAGGAGCGUCUCUGCAGUGAUGAAGGAAGAAAGCAGCUCAGUAAAUCAAAGAGCUCCACCUGCUGGCCACACAAACUGAAGUGCACGGCUGCUCAGCUGGCUAUAG